GGCUUAGUUUGUGAGACGCUCCCGAGGCGACAAGUAGUUGAUAGCGAAGAUCGGCGAAAACCGGCAGGCGAACGCAACUGCAACGCGCUGCAGCACCAAAACCCAUAGCUACAAGGCAGUGAAUAGAAAAAUAUAUCAUUUCAAUUUCAUUUUGAUGUUUAUUUUAACUUGGGAAAAAUUCGGUUCGAGAAGAAAAACAAGCGCGUAGUAAAAGCAGAGCGAGAAAAACGUGUCGCCGUCCGUCAAAAGUGAAGCGCUCCCAUGUGCUGCAUUACCAAUUGAAAAAACAUAAACAGAAAAUAGAACCAGAAUAUAGAAACUACAUAGAUAAACAGCCGCAACAACCACACAGACACCCCAAAAAAAAAAGAAUAAAUAAAUAAAUAAAAAGUAUAUAUAUGACGACCUGCAGUCGAGGGCGAAAGUGAAAGUUAUAUACAAGUAUAUAACGAUCGAGCUCUUAUCUCCAGCAAAGAGCGCCCAAAGUGAAUGCACUGCAUUCCGGAUCGCAUCUAAAACACUUGGUUCCUAAGCCCGAUUCGUAUCAGCAUUCAAAUCCACCAUCAGAAUUCAAAAAUAGAUUGCACAGCCAAGGAAUUCAAGUUCAGUGGCAGCAAUCUGCACAAUUCGUUUGCGUGGGGUCACUCGUCUGCCUCAUACAACAUCAUUAUCGUCUUCAGGAUCUGCAGCAACUGCAGCAUUUCGCAUUUUGCAUACCCCAAGUAGCUGCUGGUAACCCAACAUGACUCAAUCCAAGGAGAAUCCGGAGAAGAAUCGCGAGGUGAUCAGCGAGGAAGGCAUGAAGGAUCUGCUCACCAAGCAGCUGGAAGUCGUUGGCAGUGGCGGCGCAUUUGUGUGGGCGAUUUUCUUCCUGUGUGUCACCCCCAACAUACUGAAUGGAUUCCAUGUCUCCUCCUACACUCUGCUGGGCCACCUGCCCGAUGACCAGUGGUGCGGCAUUCCGGAGCUGCACGCCACCAACUGGACGCUGGCCCAGAAGCGUGAGAUUGCGGGCGAGGGAUUGGAUUCGGGCGGCUGCACCGUGUGGGACUGGAACUAUGGCCACCUGGCCAAGAUGUCCUACGAGGCGGCCAGGAACUACACCAGUCAUCUGUCGCAGAUUUCCCAGACGGCGGAGGUGUCCUGCCGCGUGAAGGGGCAACAUGAGUUCGCCCAUCCGGAGAGCACUUUCGUUGCGGACUGGGAUCUCACCUGUGAUAGGAGCAUACAGCGCACCUCCGCCCAGGUUUCCAUUUCGCUGGGCAAGUUCUGCGGUUCCUUCUCCUUUGGCAUUCUGGCCGACAAAUUUGGUCGCAAAACCUCGUUCACCCUGGGCGCAGCCUUCUUCAUCGUGGGCAGCUUCUUCUGCAGCUUCUCGCCCUGGUACAGCCUCUUCCUGGCCGGACGUUUCGCCCUGGGAGCUGCCUCCUCCGGUCUGUUCUAUCCCGCAUUUACCAUGAUUGUGGAGAACAUCUGCUUGAAGCAUCGUUCCUGGAUGUCCAUCGCCUUCUCAGCCUCCUAUCCCGUGGGCAUGAUUAUCCUGGCCAUUGUGGGCUACCUCAUCCAACCGUGGAGGCAUCUGCAACUGGCCCUCACCAUUCCCUCGCUGCUACUCAUCCUAAACUGCUACUUGAUGGUUGAGUCACCGCGCUGGCUGAUCACGAACCAGAGAUAUGAUCGCGUCUACAAGAUUCUCUUCCGACAGCCCAGCCACUACCAAGUUCAGCCCGCCGCUGCAGCUCCAUCUCAAGUGGCCAGCGAUAAGAAGUCGCUGGAGCCCGUGGAGGGCUUCUCCCUUGGACAGAAGCUGAAGAAUGGUCCGCUCAAGUCCAUCAUUGAGCUGUAUGCCAAUGGCCGGGUGCGCAGGAUGAUCUUUGCCUCCUACUUCAUGUUCUGCGUCACCUCGCUGAGUUACUAUGUGACGGCUCUCAAUGCCGCCAAUCUAUCGGUGUCCAGGUACCUGUACAUCAUAGGCACCGGUCUGGUGGACAUACCCUCCUAUCUCGUCCCAGUGAUAAUGCUGCGCUUCACGGGACGCCGCCUCACCACCAUGUUCCUGUUCAUGUGGACGGGCGUGUCCUUGCUGCUGGUCCUCGCUGUGCCCGCCGGCAGCACCACCUGGAUCGUGGCCUUCGCCAUGCUGGGUCGCUUCGGCAUUAGCGCCACCUACUCCGUGGUCACGCUCUACACCGCCGAGCUGUAUCCCACCCAGAUACGCAACUCCGCGCUGGGCACCUGCUCCACCUUCGCCCAUGUGGGCUCCAUAUCGGCACCGUAUGUGGUCGAUGUCCUGGGAGCUCUGGGCUGGUACAUUCCAACAACGAUUUGCGGCUGCUGCGUUCUAGUAGCUGGCCUACUCACUCUCACACUUCCGGAAACGGGAACGGGCAAGCUCUCCGACAAAGUGGAGAGCAGUGCGUCCUCCACUCCCACGGAGCCGGCCGAGAAGCAGUAGGUUAGUUUCCAUUUC